UGGCAACCCAAACGCAUGCGUCGUGGCUUUCAAAUGAUUGGACCUUCCAGAAACCCGGAAGUAGCGUGAAGGUCUUUGGUAAUGGUCGGAGUUUGUUUCAAUGUUGUGGGCCCGGUAUCGAUGUGAAAAUGGGUGUUAAAAUAGAGGUGUUUAGAAUGAUGUUAUAUCUGUCCUUUCCCGUGACCAUGUUCUGGAUCUCAAACCAGGCGGAGUAUUUUGAAGAGUACAUAGUGAAGAGAAAGAGGGAGAUCUUCCCCCCUGACGAGGGACUGCAUAGGAAAGAGUUGGAGGACUUCAAAGAGCGAAUGCGUGUACGUAAGGAGCAGCGAAUAUUAAAAGAGAUUUCCAUGGAGUCUGAGAAUUGAUGAGUAUGUGUUGAAAAAAUGCAUAAAUUCCCAGCACCACCGAUGGAGAAUUAUCUGGCAAUAUUUUUUGGGCAAAAUAAACUGGUCGGACUGGAGUAAGAGGAGGACACAUUGGAAAGAAGUUAACACAUCCCAAAGGUGUUAUGGGAGUUUUCCCGGGAGUGAUUGUGCCUAAUAUGCAUUUUUAAAUGUACAUGUGUGAUUUUUUUCGUCAUGCCAGCAUUCUGUGUGUUUUGAAUGCCUCAUGCAUCACUUGAGUUGCUGUGAUUGUCAUAAACUAAUUGAGUUAUAUCUCCAGGUGGAUCUUAUGUCUAUAGAAUGCAUUCACCCCCGUGGAUUUUUUUCUAUGUUUAUUGUUUCAUAACAUUGUAUCAAAGUGGAUGUAAUUAGGCUUGUUUGAUAUUGAUAACAAAAAGAGACCUUAUUACCAAAGUGUUAAAAGGUAACCGUUUGCAUUAAAUAUUCACUCCUUGAUAUCAAUACUUAUCAGAGGGACACGUGUUAGCAAUGUCUACCUAAAGUUUAUGUUACAAAGUCUGGGUAGCUUUAGCUUUACAUUCUGGGUUGCCUUAUUGGAAACUCAAAUUCCCCUUAAGUCACAAUUCACUUACAGACUGUUGCAGGUUUUCUUUUGUGGUUUAUCUGUAAUUGGCUGCAUUCAUUGUUAAUGUAAAGCAAGUGGCUGCGCCUGUGAUGAUUAUUUUCAGUUGUGUGAAACUAUGACAUUAAAUAAUUGUUUUUCUGCUUAUUAA